AAUAACAGCUUGCGGGGCUUGCCGGCAAGCCCGCACGUGCGGGCAAUUGACGGGACCGUGGCCUAAAUAUACCACGGCUUGUGCGUACGCGGAGCUUCGGCAGAUAAAUACACGGAGCCUUUGCGAUUCCGAAGCCGAGUGUUUCUGCCCCUCUGCGACGUCAGAUUGCACAAGCGCGGGGGCUGUUGCCUUGUUUCGAAGCGUCCAUAGCUGUUCUCUGUUCCGAUGGGCGAGGCGCGGCAUUCAGCAGACAUGUUUCGUGGACGCCUGGCGCUUGUGACUGGCGGGGGCAGCGGCAUUGGCCGCGCCGUGUGCUGCCUGCUGGCCCAGAGAGGGGCCCGCGUCCUGGUGGCAGAUCUCAAUCUGGAGGCAGCCAACGCCACGCUGGCGUUGCUUCAAGAGCCAUCAGGGGGAGCCGAACACCGGGCUCUUCACAUGGACGUUGGUUGUCCUCAAUCAGUGAAGAAUGCAUUUGAGAACUUCGAAGGGGCCAGAGGAGAGCAAGCGUCCAUCGUCGUCAACUGUGCCGGCAUACUGCUACCACCAAAGCCAUUCAUGGACCUUGGAGUGGAUGAAUUCGACCUAAUGUUGAGAGUCAACCUGCGGGGGACUUUCUUGGUUACACAAGCCGCGGUGCUCAGCAUGCUACGGCAAAAGGUCACCGGUGGCAGCAUCGUGAACAUCUCUAGCGCUGCAGCCAGGGCUACGCGACCAGGCCUCGCUGCGUACUCUGCCACCAAGGCAGCCAUCGCAUGCUUUGUCAGGUCAGCAGCGGCGGAUGCUGCCAGUAGCGGCAUCCGCAUCAAUGCCGUGGCACCGUGCAUGACGGACACGCCCAUGGUCAAGGCGUUCAACGAGGCGCAGCGUUCGAAGUUCGUUGCUGGUAUCCCGAUGGGCCGAGCGGCGAUGCCCGACGAGGUGGCCGCCGUGGUCGCCUUCCUCUGUGGCCCCGACAGCGCUUUCGUCACAGGUACCACCGUCGACGUCAACGGUGGCGCCUAGAAGUGUCACAGAUGCAUUGGAAAAUACCAGUGCUUGAGAGCUGUCCGAAAUAUCUUGGGCAAUACUCAAAGGCUAUGGCACCAUGUAGCGGGAUGAAGGCGCACGACAGUCUUCAGUACUAUUUUCACCAGCAGAAGUCACGAAUAUCUGUUGCAUUCGGUUUCAGCGUCUCUUCUUCGUUAGCUUUGUCUCCCCUUUUCGCUAUCCUUAUCGGUUUUCGUAGUCUCAAGAACAGUACUAUGUUGCUGCUUCAAGGAAUAAACGCACCGUUGCUAGUCAGCG